AUGUCGAUAAGUACAUGCAUCACAGAUUAUAUAGACAAGAAUUACAAAAGCUAUAUCACUAAAAAUAACACUAAUAACUCUCCGUAUUCACCGUUUUUUGUGUACAUUAGUGGUCCUCAAGGCAGUGGAAAAUCAUAUACUACUCAUAAAUUGCAUGCGUACUACACUGCCAGAAAUAUUAAUGUUAUUGCUGUUUCCAUUGAUGACUUCUAUCUAAAUCAUAGGGAACAAAUGGUAUUGAAUGAGCAAUCUGAUAAUCCUUUGAUUAACCAAGGAAGAGGAUUGCCGGGUACACACGAUUUAAAAAAAUUACGUGAUUUUAUGCAUCAAUGUAUGUGUUACAACACUACGACAAGCAUGGUUCAUGUGCCACAAUAUGACAAAUCCAAGUAUAACGGGGAAGGUGAUAGAAUUGACGAUAUUUUGGUAAUGAGACCUGGUAGUGAUACGCUUCAAGUCAAAACAAACGGUGUCGUAUUAUAUGAUACUUUGGAUAUGGUACUUAUAGAAGGAUGGUUUAUAGGAUAUGAACCUGUAAGAAGGGAGAAUAUUGUUAAUGAUAAAUAUAUGGUUGAAAUUAAUGAGAAUUUGCGACAAUAUAGCGAUAUAUUGUGGGAUAAUCCUAAACUUUUUUCUGAUAACGUCAAUGAGGCAUGUAUUAUUGUAUUUAAAACAAACAGUGACAUUGUGUCUACUGUGGAAAAGUGGAGGAUUCAACAAGAACACGAUUUAAAAUUGAAAAAUGGUGGAGCUGACAAAAUUGAUUUUGGAAAUUGA